GGAAAGGUCGUUUUUGGGGGAGUGUUGGAAGAGUUCGUCCACUGCAAGUAAUCUUACAAAAGUGAAGUGUGUACCGACCAGCAGCAUUAUGUCUCUACUCAGAGGUGUUUUUAUUGUGGCUGCUAAGCGCACCCCAUUUGGAACCUAUGGGGGUGUUUUGAAAGACCACAGUGCAACAGACCUGGCAGAGCAUGCAGCAAAAGCUGCCCUUGCUGCAGGAGGUAUUGCUCCUGAGAUAGUCAACAGUGUAAUUAUGGGAAAUGUUAUGCAGAGCUCAGCUGAUGCCCCUUACAUUGCCCGUCACGUUGGCCUGAGGUGUGGUGUUCCUAUUCCAGUCCCUGCACUCACUGUGAAUCGACUGUGUGGAUCAGGUUUUCAAGCUAUUAUCAAUGGUGCACAGGAGAUUUGCCUCAAAGAGUCAGAGGUUGUCCUUUGUGGUGGUUCUGAGAGUAUGAGCCAGGCUCCUUAUGCUGUCCGUAACAUUCGUUUUGGGACAAAAUUUGGAUUUGAUCUUAAGCUGGAAGACACACUGUGGGCAGGUUUGACUGACCUGCAUGUAAAGAUUCCAAUGGGAAUUACAGCAGAGAACCUGGCAGAGAAAUAUGAGAUUUCAAGAGAAGACUGUGACAAAUACGCCUACCAGACACAGCAAAGGUGGAAGGCAGCUCAUGAUGCAGGAUACUACACUGCUGAAAUUGCUCCAGUGGAAUUGAAAGCUAAGAAAGGCAAAGUAUUCAUGGCUCAGGAUGAACACCCUCGUCCUCAGACGACACUUGAACAAAUGGCCAAACUCCCUACUGUGUUCAAAAAGGGUGGAACAGUCACAGCUGCAAAUGCUUCAGGUGUCUCUGAUGGUGCUGCUGCUGUAGUGAUUGCUAGUGAAGAUGCAGUAAAAAACCACAAGCUCAUGCCACUCGCCAGGAUAGUCUCUUACCAUGUAUCAGGCUGUGACCCAAGCAUUAUGGGCAUUGGUCCAGUUCCUGCCAUCACCGAAGCUCUUAAGAAAGCCGGCCUUUCAUUGACUGACAUGGAUUUAGUGGAGGUUAAUGAAGCGUUUGCCCCUCAGUACUUGGCAGUAUCUAAAGCAUUAGGUCUGGAUCCUGAAAAGAGCAAUGUUAACGGUGGCGCUAUUGCUAUUGGUCAUCCACUGGGUGCCUCUGGUGCACGAAUCACUGCUCACCUUGUUCAUGAGCUCAGGCGAAGAGGCGGCAAGUAUGCUGUUGGCUCUGCCUGUAUUGGAGGUGGUCAGGGGAUUGCAAUCAUUGUUGAAAAUGUUAACUGAAGAAACUAAUCAUGCUGAGAAGGAUUUUUUUCUUUUUUUCAAUUUUAACAUUAAAUCACACACAAAAGUAUAAUACCUUUGAAACCGAGCCUGGCAAAUUGUUGCAUAUGCAUCCAGCACCCACUGCUGCUAAUUAGAGAAUUUGUACAGUGAUUUGUAAACCAAUCUUUUCUGUCAUGUGCCUAUAACAAUGUAACAGGCAAAUUAUUAUAAUAAAAAAAUACAGCAAAAGCGACCCAAAUGAUCUGACUUAAGUGCC